CGGCCGCUGCUGAUGUCAGCCUCGUCGCGUUCGCUCCUCCCGCACCCACCUCCCCGGCCCCAGGCACACUGCAGCUCUGCGCGGACUCUCCGGCCCCGGCGAGGUGGCUGCAAACUCGCGGGCACGCACCGCGCUCGGGGAGCCAAGAGGGAGGGGACGCGCGCGGAAGGCGCCAGCUUCCUCUCGCCCGCCCCAAGCAGCAGCCAGUCGAGGUUGGAGGCACCCCGGGCCCCAGCACCGCAGAGCAGAGCGGCGGCGGCGGCGGUUGCUUCCCUUUUCUCCAGCCGAGCCCUGGAGCGACUCAGGGACUGGCCCUAAAAAGAGCAGGAAAUCUUGUUUACCGCCCGGGGAGAGGAGCCGUUCGAGCCUUUGUCUGGAAAGUCUGCAUCUCCGGAUCCGGCUGCGAUGUGUUCCUGGUGACAUUAGCACUGGGCAGACCGGUCGGAAGAGGAGGUAGCCAGGGUCUGCUCUGCUCUCGAAGGCGGAUCGAGUGAGUGACUUUGGUGCAUUUGUUUUAAUUUGUGGAAAUCUCUUUCUUUCCCUCCCUCGCUCGCUGCCGGGCAUGUCCUGAUCCGGCGGCCGCUCCUACCGCCCCAGGCUGCCGAUCGUAGCGCCUCCAGCGGGUCUCCCUCCCUCACUCCUGACUUUGCAACACCGCGUUCCGGGAGGACCGACCUCGGCGAGGAAGGAGGCGGGGGAGACACGAACACCGGACUGAAACCUUGACAUGCUCUCGAGAGGACAGGAGGAAGCCAGGAGCUGAGCGCACCGCGGAGGUUGCUUAGCCGCGGGUUCUGAGCGCCCUGCCUUGCGCCUGGGCAGCAGCCUUGUUGGUCUGGGGGGACGUCCCCGCUUCCCGCCCCGGAGGUCCGCGGCCGGCAGGACCAUGCUGCUGAAGGAGUACCGGAUCUGCAUGCCGCUCACCGUGGACGAGUACAAAAUUGGACAGCUGUACAUGAUCAGCAAGCACAGCCACGAACAGAGCGACCGAGGAGAAGGAGUGGAGGUCGUCCAGAAUGAGCCCUUCGAGGACCCUCACCAUGGCAACGGGCAGUUCACUGAGAAACGGGUGUAUCUCAACAGCAAACUGCCAAGUUGGGCUAGAGCUGUUGUCCCCAAAAUAUUUUAUGUGACAGAGAAGGCUUGGAACUACUAUCCCUACACAAUUACAGAAUACACAUGUUCCUUUCUGCCGAAAUUCUCCAUUCAUAUAGAAACCAAGUACGAGGACAACAAAGGAAGCAAUGACAGCAUUUUUGACAAUGAAGCCAAAGACCUAGAGAGAGAAGUUUGCUUUAUUGAUAUUGCCUGUGAUGAAAUUCCAGAACGCUACUACAAAGAAUCCGAAGAUCCUAAACACUUCAAGUCAGAAAAGACAGGUCGGGGACAGUUAAGGGAAGGCUGGAGAGAUAGUCAUCAGCCCAUCAUGUGCUCCUACAAGCUGGUGACCGUGAAGUUCGAGGUCUGGGGACUUCAGACCAGAGUGGAACAAUUUGUGCACAAGGUGGUCCGAGACAUCCUGCUGAUUGGACAUAGACAGGCUUUUGCAUGGGUUGAUGAGUGGUACGACAUGACAAUGGAUGAAGUCCGAGAAUUUGAACGAGCCACUCAGGAAGCCACCAACAAGAAAAUUGGCGCUUUCCCACCUGCCAUUUCUAUCUCGAGCAUUCCCCUGCUGCCUUCGUCAGUGCGCAGCGCCCCGUCCAGCGCUCCAUCCACCCCUCUCUCCACAGACGCACCAGAAUUUCUGUCAGUCCCCAAAGAUCGGCCCCGGAAAAAGUCAGCUCCAGAAACUCUCACGCUUCCAGACCCUGAGAAAAAAGCCACCCUGAAUUUACCUGGCAUGCACUCUUCAGAUAAGCCAUGUCGGCCCAAGUCAGAGUAACUUCAUAUGAAUAUCUCAUGGGGUUUUAUAUUUUCAUUUUGUUGUUGUUGUUGUUGUUGUUUUUAAGAAUCUUCUGAUAUAGGAAAAGACUGCUUUGUCACUCAAACAUGUUCCUUUUAUCUCUGAGUGUGCAUGGGGUUAAGUAAUUUCACAAAUAAUAUGAAUCCUAAGUAUGCCACACAGCAUCAUAGUAGAUUUAAAAUGUAAGACUUUCUAAAAAACCAGAAUCUUCUAUAGACACAGCUGUAAGCCAGGGAGGAAACUUUAGUAUUGGGCAUUUGGUGAGGCUGCCAUGGACUUCAAGGGUAAAUAUAUGAAAACUUCACACCACUUUGUUGCCAAGUGUGGUAAAAUAGUGAAGUCGAUUUCCUCCCAUCAAACCUGAAAUUCUCAAAAAAUACUCUCAGGCAUCACAAACCUAAUUGUUAAAUUUUGAACUGCUGACCACCAAUACUUGAAUACCAAUAGUUACUGAGAUUUUGAUUAGUCUGACUCAGGAUUUGGGGCCUAGUUAACUCCUUAAAUUUUUGAAAAUUUUCAUUAUCAACUUAUAGAGGCUCCAAGUGCAAUUGAUGAUAACAUAUUUAUACCUUUCACAGAAUUUAAUAAUAAAGAUUCCACUUGUUUCUGUCUUUUAAUAACUCUCCCCUUUGUGCCCUUGUGGCCUCCGAAAUCUUUCAGAAUUGCAUGAAUAAAUGUGACUGUAAUCAAUUUAUUUUGGAAUGGUUUAGUUUAAGAACCAAGAGACCCAGGUGAAACAAGCAUCUUUUUUUCUGUACAGGUACCAACAAACCUUGACCUGUCAGCUACCAUCAUCCAUUAAGAUUCUCAGAAUUUGCAAUUACCUGAAUAGAAUUCAUUGACUAUUUGCCCAUUUGAAGACAUCCAAGGGUAGAGUAAGCUAUCUGGGCGUUAACACAGAGUGUCUGGUGUGCAGACCAUGAAAAAGAAAAUUGCCUCCCAUUCCUCUCCUGGUUUUACUCUUAGUCAUCCAGGCAUCCCUGGAAUGGAUCGCCCAUCACCAGCCCUUAGAAAAGAUCAUUCUCUUGCUCCUUCCUUGAAAUCCAAAUUUUGGAGCCUGGGGGUGUAGCUUAGUGGUAGAGCACUUGCCUAGCAUGUGGGGGCCCUGGGUUUGAUCCCCAGCACUGCAGAAAGAAAGAAAGAAAGAUCCAGUUAUUAGGAAUGUUGCAGAAAUCAAGUAAAUACUGCCAAGGGAGAGGAGAGCAUGAGCAGAAUUGCUGGCUCCUAUUUGUAAAAAGAAUGAAUGAUAAUGAAUGUUCAUUUGUCUCACUUCCAUUUCUGCAAGUAGUGGGAAUGCACGAUUCAAACUGAGAUUGACAGGAGGCAAGAUCAUUCAUCAAAGUGGCAGAAAGAAUUCUCCUUUGGUCCAAAGAGAAAUCUGUCACUGUUGCACCUCACUGCCUUUAAACACAGAAGGGAGGGCAAGCAGAAUCUCAGCAUUGAUAUUUGUCCUCCAAGGGAGGAAGAAAAGGUAACUAGGCAACUCCAGAGCCCACGCCCUAGCAAGCCUUCCUGACCAUAACCUCCAACCUCAAAGGGGCCUUCCUAAAACACAGAUUCCAAAGGAACAACAUAGACCAAGGAGCAGAUUCUCCUUCCCUCAGCCUCUCAGGGACAGUGCCUGCUUCCCUCUGUCAGUGCUCAGCACUCCUGGUAGUCUCUUGCAGGUUGACACUCUUCCCCCAAGGUGCAGGCGCUGGACCCAUGAGCCCAGCACCAUUGUUUCUUUAUCUGUAGUCUGACAUUUAGCUUAAAGGAAAAGUAGACCCAGUACUCAAAGGAAACCAGUCGCAAAUAGCUUAGAUCAACAGCGCAUCUUUCCCUUAAGAAUGAUAGUAUCGUAGUAAGAAAAACUCUUUGCAUGGUAUGGAAGCAUGAAUUUUGCUUGUGGGAAAACUUAAUCUUUUAUCAGACCCCUUGGACUUUUCAGGGGCUCCCUCUCCAUGCGGUAGUACUUAAUGAGAAUGUUUGGCUUUAGAAAGCAAAAGUCUACUUUCAGAAGACAAGGAAAUAGUGUAUGUAUUUGCUUAUCAUUUUCGAGCUGAAAUAAGAGUAGGGGUGGGAUCAUUAUUUUCACAUAAAACAAAUUUAUUCUGUGCAGGUUGUUAACACAUCUGGCACCUAGUUUGUCCAUUAAUCCCAUUGCUGUUUUCCCUUUUUAUAAAAUAGCUUCUGCUGUCAAAGUCAAUAAUUCGAUAUACUUUAGAAAGCUAAUUUCUGAUUUCCUUUUGUGAAUUUUCCUUCUUUUAUAGUCAGUAUGAUACCACAGACAUCAAUUGCAAAGCUACCCAUGAUAGUGUGGUUCUUAAGUAACAAAGUGGGUAUGCUCUUAAAAUAUGUUCAGUUUUUCUGUCUACAUAUGAUUUGUGUGCAGUACAAAAUGGGGGGUGCAGGUAUUCCUUUAGCCGCUUUGAAUAUUUAUUCCAGUUGCCACAUGGCACAAAUGACUUCAGUAUUUUACAUUCUUGGUUUCCAAGUGUCAUUUCACCUUCUCCAUACAUAUGCGGAUUUGUUAUUGUGGGAUACAAGCCUGCGAUGAAUGUGUACAUAGAACAUUAAUAAUUCUUACAAAGAUGGAAAUUAAAUGGCUGCAUGAUGGAAAUUUACAAGAAAAAAAAGCAGAAACUUGAAUUUGCUAAGCAUGUUUGAGGAAAACUAGAAUCUUAACUCAGUGCCUCUGUCUGCAAUGUGGAAACCUUCAACUUUAUUCACCAAAAUUGUAUUAUACCUGUAUAUAUAUAAAUAUAGGGUAGUGAGUUCCAUACCACCAAUUUUAAGUCUCUGGUAGCCAAAUGAAAACAAAUAAUCCAUAGGAUAACACAUGUUCACUCCUCUUCAUCUCUGAGUUAGUGCAGACCAUGAAAAUGGCCAUAAGUUCCAUUACGUUGAGUAGGUUUGAGUACGAAGCGUCUCUGUACUUUUUGUUGACUGUAGCACACCAUUCUUGCAUUGACUGUGCUUUCCUGGGAGAAAGAGGUCUCCAUGUUUUUAUUGUAUAAACUCUGUCAGAAAUCACCUCUGAAGAUCAUUUCAUUUUGAACUGUAGAAAGACAAAGCAAAGAAAAUGGAUAACGAUGAGGAGGCUGUGACAUUUUUAUUUGCGCCCAUUAUCCCUGAAACAAUAGGAGCUCAUUGGUGAACCAAUUUAUGAAUGCUUCUGUUAAGGUUUUGCAUCUAUGUGUGAGGGAAAUGGUUUUGAUUAGUUUGGAGGUAUGUAUUAGCCAUGUUUUUGGUUGUGAAAAUAAGUACCACAGUCGUGGAUAUAUAAUGAAGACACUUAAACAACCCAGCAGUACUCCUAAAAGUAAUUAUGUGAUUUUCUUUCAAGGCAAAACAGUGAACUAAGAAAAUAGAUGCUGACACCUCUUGAUAAAUCAUUUUCAGUGAAAGUUUCAGAAUGAUUGUAUUUUUGAAUAUUUUUAAUUCUACUUUCUUGCUGGGCUGGGGAUGCUGCUCAAUGGGAGAGCACUUGCCUAACAAGUGCAAGGCCCUAGGUUCAAUCCCCAGCACUACAUAAAAAUAAAUAAAUAAGAAAAUUCUUUAGUGUCUCCCCCUGGCUUAGAGACAACAAAAUAAUAGGUCAAUAGGAAUUGGCUUAGGACAAUAGGAAUUUGAUGCUUGAGAGUAGCCAGAAUAUAACUAACUCUGAAUAAAAUGUGUAAUCAGAUAAUUCAAUAGAGAGGAAUUGUCUGAAUGGUUUUAGAACUUUUCUGAUCAUCUGACUCAGGCUAGGUGACAAUCUGCCAUCUGAGCCGUAGUUCUUGAAAUUUAAAAAAAAAAAAAAAAAAAAAAAAACAGAAAAGAAAAUUUGCUGUCCAGUGACUAUAACCUGAUCAUCACUAAACUUUCAAACUGUUCUUGCUGAAACUCAAGUAUCACACAAUCGCACAGCGUUGGCAAUGCUGAGGCGGAACAUACUGGCUUCUACCUUCAAAACCAUCUGUUUGCAUUUGAAACGUGUUUAAGCUUUGUAGGGGUUAGUGCAGUAACAGAAUGUGUGUUGAGAGUUUUUCAGAUGCCAUUGUUAAUUGUAAUGUUGUGAGUUAACUAAUGCUUUGGGAUAACCUCAAUGCCUCUGCCUGUUUUGGUUCAAUUGUGUCUGUUGCACUGGACACUCCCUUCAGUUUCUUUGUAUCUCUGAGAAGAGGCCCUCUGGGUUUAUGUUCUCCUGUGCCACUUGUGUAACUUCAAGUGUAAUAUUUAGUGCUUACAUUUUGAGCUGGGAUCCUGAUUGGUUACAUUAGUCAAAAUACCACUGCCACUGCCGAAGGACCAAGUGUUACAGGUGACAAGCAAGGCAAUCGGAAGUUGACACUCACAUGUGCCAUCCUGUAUCGUUUUAUGGCUGUAUGGUGUCAUCCCCGCCCCCAGUUAUUUAUUAUUGUUAAUAACUUACUUUUUCUUACAUUCUCUUGUAAAUAAAGUAAAAAGCAAUCUUCUU